GUGUCACGUGUGCUAUUGAACCAUUGGCAACCAUUAAUCUUUCUGAGUCUGAAGUACUUCACGCUCUUAAAAAUCUCGACCCUAGUAAGGCUUGUGGACCUGACAACAUCCCAGGAAGACUACUUAAAGAAGCAGCCGAAGUAAUUGCUCCAAGCCUCUGUCGGUUAUUUAACAUGUCCCUCUCACUUGGACAUUUCCCUACGACCUGGAAACGAGCCAAUGUUACGCCUAUUUUUAAGAAAGAUGAUCCCUCACUUCCUUCAAACUAUAGACCCAUUUCCUUACUUUGUAUUUUAUCAAAGGUAUUUGAACGAUGUGUAUCAUACCAUUGUCAACAUCACUUGUCACAGUUCAUCUACGAUUUCCAACAUGGUUUUCGCAAAGGACGUUCAACAGAAUCUCAGCUACUAGAAGUUUAUCAUGAUAUAUUAGAUUCUCUUGCACGUG